AUGGGGGAGAAAGAAAUGCCGUACUCAGAGACGACACCUCUCCUCGAGGUCAAUGUCGCCCGUCGGCGGCAUAGAUAUCCGCACCAUGCUCUUCGUCGAGCGUGUACUAUCUCCCUUGCAGCCUUGCUUUCCGUGGCGACCCUGCUAUUCCUCUCUCCGGUCGCUAUUCUACCUCGAGAACACGGCUCAGUUUGGUCGUAUCUCCCAUGGGCUCACCCAAUCCCCCAUGAAGCCUGGCCAGAGAGCUACGGCCUUCCUUACGAUCAGCUCCAACAGAUCCUCCUCGAUGUGCCUUCUGCAGAUAAGGCCCGAGAGUGGAGCAAAUACUAUACCGCCGGACCACACUUGGGAGGAAAGAAUCUUUCCCAGGCACUUUGGACAAUGGAAAAGUGGAAGGAAUUCGGCGUCGAGGAUACCGGCCUUGCAGCGUAUGAUAUCUAUAUCAACUACCCGCUCGAUCACCGCUUGGCUCUCCUAAAGACGACGGAUGACAAGACGGAAGUGACCUUUGAGGCCACCUUGGAGGAGGAUGUUCUUGAAGAGGAUCCUACUUCCGGCUUGUCAGACCGUGUCCCGGUUUUCCAUGGUUACUCCGCUACUGGUAAUGUGACGGCCCAGUAUGUGUAUGUCAAUUUCGGCACAGUUAAGGAUUUCGAGGAUCUUGUGAAUGCCAACGUCACUUUGGAGGGCAAGAUCGCGAUUGCCAAGUACGGCAGGGUCUUCCGUGGAUUGAAGGUGAAGCGUGCACAGGAACUCGGAAUGGUCGGCGUGGUUAUCUACAGUGAUCCGCAGGAAGAUGGUGAAAUCACCGAGGAGAAUGGUUAUGAAGCUUAUCCCAAUGGACCGGCGCGAAACCCCAGUGCUAUCCAGAGAGGAAGCACCCAAUUCCUCAGUAUCCUUCCUGGUGACCCUACAACCCCGGGAUACCCAUCUAAGCCUGGAUGUGAACGGCAAGAUCCGCACAAUUCUAUCCCCUCGAUUCCUUCUCUCCCAAUUUCAUACAAGGAAGUCCUGCCAUUCCUGAAGGCGCUGAACGGCCACGGUCCCAAGGCGUCGGACUUCAAUGAGUGGUGGCAGGGAGGCGGUCUCGGUUACAAGGGUGUGGAGUAUAACAUUGGACCUUCUCCUGAGGAUGUGGUGAUUAACCUCCACAAUCACCAAGAGUACGUGAUAACUCCUUUGUGGAACGUUAUUGGUACUAUCAAGGGACACAUUCCCGAUGAGGUUGUCAUUCUCGGCAACCACCGUGAUGCAUGGAUUGCUGGUGGCGCUGGAGAUCCCAACAGCGGAUCCGCUGCUAUGAACGAAGUCGUCCGCAGCUUCGGUGAGGCUCUCAAGGCAGGAUGGAAACCAUUGCGCACGGUGGUCUUUGCCAGCUGGGAUGGUGAAGAGUACGGCCUUCUUGGCUCUACUGAAUGGGUGGAAGAAUACCUCCCAUGGCUUUCCAAGGCCAACAUCGCCUAUUUAAAUGUCGAUGUCGCUGCUGCGGGUACCAACUUCGAGCCCCGGGCCAGCCCUCUUCUGAACAAGGUCAUCAACGAUGUGACCGGUUUGGUGCAGUCCCCCAACCAGACUGUGCGCGGUCAGACCGUCCGCGACGUCUGGAACGGCAAAAUCGCGACGAUGGGAAGCGGCAGUGACUUCACUGCUUUCCAAGACUUUGCUGGCAUCGCCAGUCUCGAUUUCGGGUUUGGCCGUGGUAAGAAUGAUCCAGUCUACCACUACCACUCAAACUAUGACAGCUUCGCAUGGAUGGAGAAGUACGGAGACAAAGACUUCCUCUACCACCUAGCCUGCACAAGGCUCUGGGCUCUGGCAGCCGCGCAGCUGGUGGAAUCUCCCCUUCUAGCGCUCAAUGCCACCGACUAUGCCCGCGGACUCGGAUCCUACCUGGACAACAUCAAGCAUUCAGCCGACAACCUUCCGAAGAAGACCCACUUCAACUUCGGAUCUCUGGAUAGGGCUAUUCUCAACUUCCAGAAAUCCGCAAAAGCCUUCGAUGCCUAUGCUGCGGACUUGAGCUCCAAGCUUGGUGAUGAUGUGCCUUGGUACCACUGGUGGAAGAAGGUGAGACUGUGGUUCCAGAUCCGCGCCACCAAUGCCAAAUACAAGGGCAUUGAACGGGCUUUCUUGUACCAACCUGGUCUGGAUGGCCGUGACUGGUUCAAGCAUGUUGUCUUCGCCCCUGGCAUUUGGACUGGUUAUGCGGGGGCCACCUACCCGGGACUCGUUGAGAGCCUUGAGGCUGGAGAUGCGGAGAACGCCUGGAAAUGGAGCACCAUCAUCGAGGAACGAAUUUCUGCUGCGACCAAGUUACUGCUGUAA